UUGCGCAUGCGCGCUACUUCCGGGUUCUUCCGCUCUUUGUGUGUUUUGAUUCCUGCGUUUCGUCGCUCAGGAGACUUUCUUAGGAUUUAAGAACGAAUUAAAUGAGCUGGUUUGGUUUCGGCUUCAAUGCUUUUGGACAAAUAUGCGUCCAGGAGAAAUCUGUUCAAGAGGAAACCAGCGACGCGGUCGGAGAAGUCAAAGUUAGCGUCCCUGUAGAGCUACGGAGUCACGUGGACCACAGCUGCUGCCUGAAGACAUGUCAGAUCAGGGCGAGCUGGAGUCGAAGAGCAUGUCUGCACGAGAGCAGAUGUGUGUGGCUGGCCGGUUUUUCUGCAUCCAGCAUCUCCAACGAUACCAGGGGCUGCAGAGAUGCAAUCAUCAGUGAAUCCCACCUCACUCUUGCCUUCCCAGACCGAAUUGAAUCCUGGGAUGUGCAGAGGAAAGAUAAAACUCCACUAUGGAGCAUGGAGAUCAUCCCCCAGUCAGAGAGCUCUGGUGUGAAUUUGCCAUUGGUACCUGGUGGUUACAUAGCUUCCAAGCCUCCCAUCUUCCGCUCCUUGGCUCCUCACCUGCAAGCCAAGAGCCUGGCUCUGGGGGGAGAUCAUGUCAUCCUUCUGACUGCCCCUGGAGCUGUCUACAGCUGGGGACUGGGCAGCCAUGGUCAGCUGGGACAUGGGGGACUCGUCUCCGAGGAGGAGCCGAGGACAGUAGAGGCUCUGUGGGGCGUGCCUAUGAGCUCUGUGGCUGCAGGAGGCUGGCACUCUGUCUGCAUCAGCGAAGGAGGUGACCUCUAUGUGUGGGGCUGGAAUGAGAGCGGACAGCUGGGACUUCCGUCACGAGGGCUACAAAAAGCUCCACAGCAGAAAAAGGCUCAACCAACAGAACUGUCUGAUGUCAGUACGCCAGAAGAGGAGCCACAUGAUGGAGAUAAACACGAAGAAGUAUUUAUUUCCAUCCAAGCAUUUCCUGCGCUGCUGGAUGUUAAUCCAUCAUCUGACUUCCAAAGAGCCAGCUGUGGUUCCCGGCACACGGCUGCAGUAACAACCUCAGGCUGUCUGUUCACUUGGGGAUGGGGAGAAUACGGCCAACUUGGACACCAGACAUUUAACAGUUUAGACGAACCGCGACGUGUGGAGUUUUUUAAGGCCAAGGACCUGCAUGUUGUCGAUGUGGUGUGUGGGCCGUGGAACACUUUUACUGCCGCCGUCAAGAAGGGAGUACUUGAUCUCAAAAAUACCUGACAAUCCCCUGAAUCUGUCCCCACGUUGGACUUUGGUCGGCGUACAAGGAAGUCUAAAUUACAUCAGAAAGUUACGCUGUGGAAAAUGUUUUGUAAUAAAUUAUUUGUGUCAAUGAAGAACUUUUGUAAUCUAAUACCUUAAACUUUUAUUUUAAAGAUGUUAUAAAAUAUAUAUAUAUAUAUAAAUUUCACAAACAAUUCAUAAAAUCAUAAGAGUAAAAUCCAGAAGUAAGUAAAAUUUAAAGGCAAGUAUAGUUUUUCACUAAAAACAAAAUUAAAAGUUGGCCAUUUCCAAGGCCUCACAGCACAAUCUUGAAAGAACUGUGGGGGGAAAAAAACAAUUGUGAUGAUUAGAAAACAUUUCCUCAAGAUUUAUGUGUCAGAUAUUAUUUUGGGAAAACCACCUGACAAAGUCUGGAGAUCUUGAAAUGACAUGCUGAAACUCCGAGAGAUUCACCGUCCCAUCCUUGUCGAUGUCUGACUCUUCAAGGAUCUAAACAAAAGCAAGAUUCAUUUGUGCCCAGAUGAUGCCUCAGAGCAUCUCUUUGGAGUGUGCUUCUUGCAUCUUUGAGAGAAAAAAAACAGUCGAAGUGAACUCACAUUAGUUAUGAGCUGUCUCAUUUCCUCAAUGGUUAGACGCGAGUCUUCCGACUCAUAAGUCAAGCAGUCAACCAGCUUCUCCAGAUCGCCACAGCUGAGGGUCCCAUCAUUGUCAAAGUCUGAAAAUAUAAAGCUAAUGAUCAGACAAGAUCAGUGCAGCUAAGAAAAAACUGACCAGCUCGUGUUUUAUCAACAUUUACCAAAUAUACGGAAAGCAUAGUGGGAUUUUAUUUCCAACGUAGCCGAGUCACUGAAGGCACUCAAAAAAUCCAGGAAAUCGUCAAAGCUGAAGCUUCCAUCGUUUGGGUUAGUUGUUGAGAAAACCAGGCAGAUUCUUUCCUUGAAAGGGUUAGACUAGGACGAGAACAAGUUCAAAGUUCACUUUAUUCGAUCAUCCACUUCCUCUAUAAAGAUUACACCAAUAAAUAGAAACGUUGCCACACUUCUACUGAAAUUUCCUGUUACCUUCAGCUCAGGCAGCGUGAGAAUCUUUGUCAUUGGAACUCUGGCAUUUGUUGAGUUUUUUUCCUCUUUGGGGAGCAACUCAGUGAAUCUCUUAUGAGCACUUAUUAGGAAAAAACAGGAAUAAAUCAGACAUCUAUCCCAUGAUCUAUAAGAAUAGUUUACAUUUUCUUAGUUGUCAUACAACCUGUAACUUACAGAAGAAUUUCUUGUUUAGUCAGGAAAGUCAGCUCCUAAAAUCAGAUGUACUGUAGAUGAGUACAAGUCAAAACAAGCCCCUUUCUGAUUCAAAGCUAUCAGCAUUACCAACGUUUAGCUUCUAUGCAACAAGCGUCUGCUCUUAUCCUGGCUGAAAUUCUGACUAAUGUCGUAUUUAUCUCAAAACCUUUGAUAAGUGUGAUUAGUAUAAAUAUACUCUGUAAAACUAAGUUUUCAGCAUUUGCUGGACUACAGCAAAUAACACGAUAAACACUUACCUGGUAUUCUGACAGGUCAGCCUUUCCGAGUUGACUCGCUGUAGUUCCCAUCUCAAACUUUUUCGAUUAAAAUAUUUGACUUAUAUAUUUGAAAGCAAAGACUGUUAAAAUGUCACUGUGGUCAAUAAUAAUCCGCUGCUCGGUGAGCGGCGACGAAGCUAGUUUGUUGUUGCUUACUUCCGGGUUCGUGCAGGCGCAUUCCCGUAUCUUUGGGCGCGUUCAUGUAAUGCCAACGCUGAAAUGACGUAAAAUAAAAAAACAUUUCUUUUGCCCCUUUCAUGGUGCACACACGUUAAGUUACUUUUCCUCUGAUAACCCUGGUGUUACAACUAUUUAUUUGUCAAAUAUUAAAAACUUUUGGAGCAUUUAUUUUUAGAAA